AUGGAACUUUUGAAGAAUUCAGAAGAUUCGACAUUAAGAAUUUCUCAAACAGAAGAAGAGAUGGGAGAAGGAAAAUCAUAUCGAAAGCAAUAUAAGGCUUAUACAGUAAUGCAACGCUCUGGAUUUGAACACACAGACUACGUGUCAAUAAUGAUCAAUCUUUGUCGAGCAGAAAUAUUUAUAUCCCUUUGCUUUUUGAUACAUGGACUUACUUGUCCAGGAUUCGCUGAGGAAACUGCAUAUCAAAGUACUUGUCAUAUGAAUGUGGUAGCUGCAGUAGUUGGUACAACAACAGGAAGUGUUGGACUUGGAGCAGUUCACAGAUAUCGCUGGAGAAUGAUCCUGAUAACGUGGCUUGUACUGUGCAUUAUAUCUGCCGUUGGCAAUUUAUUAUCAGUUAUAACAACGGGCAUCUGGUUGGAUCACUUAAGCAAAAUGAAAAGUCGUACUGGUAUUGUUAAUUGUUUAAGUGGAAUGAUGCUCCUUAUUUCAGUUGCUGUUGGUGUAUGUUUCAUAUUGUCAUCGGUUAUGAUAUGUCACUUUUGGAAUUCAUAUUCACCAAAGUAUCAAGCAGUUGGAAAGAUUUCGAAACGAACACGAUUACGACGACGAUCUUCAAAACCAAAUAGUGGUACGGAAAGAAGAACUGAAAAAAUGGCAUAUCAUAUCGUUUGA